AUGGAUUUCUCUGUUCUACCCAACAACAAUCAUCCCGAGAAGUUCUUGCAACUUGAGGUAAAAUCUUUACCAAUCAGCCCAGCUAUGGCCCAGGCUGGCUUUGCAGCUGGAGCAGCCUUGUCUGGACACAGGCAGUGGCAGAACAGAGUCUAUCUGCAGAGAGAGAAGAGAAAUUUAAAUGACUCUUAUGGCUGGAAAUCAACAGAAGGCAGCCCAGUACUCGUUGACAAAAGCCUUGGGAAGCACAUCACCCCAGUCACCUUGAAAUCCAAGAUAAAGAGGAACCCUCUUUACUCAGACAUAAGGACUGUUGAUGGCUGGGAGAGCAAGAAAACACAGCCUUCCUGGACCAUUCAAGAAUAUGAUCGCCAUUCACUGCACUCAAACCUGGCAGGCUACUUAAAGGAAGACCCCAGCAACCUCAGUUUUUGGAUGGAAGAUCUCUAUACUCCUGGAUAUGAUUCCUUACUAAAAAAGAAAGAGAAUGAGCUGAAACGGAACAAAAUUUGCAAAAUAAUCACCUUAAUCUCUGUGUUAAUAUGCAUUUUCAUUGUAAUUGUCACAGUGCCUAUUGUUGUCACAAAACAUAGGAAUUAA